AGCUUUUUCGGUCCAUGUUUGGUUGUUUGGUUGAUUGAAUCAUUGUUUUAAGAGCUUAACAGAGAUUAUUGUUCAGUAAAAAAUACACAAAGAAUAUAGAAAAUAGCAACAAUCAUUGGCGUAAAAAUGUACGUUGAUUGUUUUGGAAAAAACAAUAAUCCCUCACUAGAGAUACCUUGACCAACUGUACUCACCUCAAUUGUAUUUCGCUGUACUUUCUGUCGAUGACAUGUAAACAAAUUGUCCAUACUUCAAAUGCAAUUUGUAAAUAGAUAGCAUCGUAUAAAAAAGGCUUUCUAACUAGUGCAGGUGUAAAAGAAAAUAUAUUGUCCGGCGCUUGGGUUUUUGGUUGAUUAGAGACAACCGUUUCUAAUCUUGACCAAUAGAGGCAGGCGCGUUGGCAAGUGCAAUAUGGAACCGACGGCUCAAACCAAAAGCAGUUCUGAAUCCGAGCUACGGGAAGACGUCCCCAACGAUAACCCCGAGACAUACUGUCGAUUAUGUUUCUCCGAAACCAAUGUUCAUCCUCUCUUCCCACAGAAUGGGGGGCUCAUACGUGAAAUGACGGAAAAGAUAAGAAAUUGCGCCGGUAUACAUAUCAGCGUUCGGGACGACUAUCCAGCAGGGUUAUGUUUUGCGUGCCUAUCGAUAUUAGACGAAAUCCAUCAGUUUCAACAACGAAGUAAACAUUGCGACGAAAUCAUCCGCACGAAGCGUGGUCUUUUGGAGCAGAUAACUGUGAAGGUGGAAAUGACGGAGGAAGACGGUGUACACUUUGUUCCCCCUGGUGGUGGAAGUUGUACAGGUCUUGGAGCUAGUGAAGACUACACUAAUGAUGAUUGUCUUACCGAGAGCAGUAUUAUUGCGGAAGCUAUUACUAGUUUGAAUGGGAUCGGAGAGCUUAUGGGAGCAUUUCAUAGUAGUACCGAAACGUCGUCUGCUCCGCUACUGCUGAAAACAGAAGUCGAAACUAGCGCUGGUAGUAAGGAUCACCGGUGCAUGGUGUGUAGUAAGUUAUUUCCGGAUCGCGAAGCUUGGAUGAUUCAUUUAGGUGAUCAUGCCGAUGAGCGACCGUACCAGUGCAUGGAGUGUUUGGCUCAGUUUCGUGAGAAACGAUCACUUGCCCGACACAUGAAAGCCGUACACGAAGAAGUGCGCGAUCGACAGUGUCCAUACUGCCCAAAGUCAUUCAAAUACAGCCAUCACCUGCGAUACCAUAUACGAACCCAUACGGGAGAAAAACCGUACGUUUGUGAAAUAUGUAACGAUUGCUUUUCACAACACAUACAAUGGAAACGACAUAUGGCAAAACAUCAACAGGUUCGGAAACCACCGCCACCCCCACCACCUAUUGCCGUCGCACCGCGAACCACUCCCGCCGAAGAACCAAAAACAAUCAAAUGUGAAUUUUGUCCCCGGGUAUUCUCCCGUCUACAGGACUACCGGCGACAUCAACCGAGUCAUAAUGCACACAACCUUAAUUUAAGCUCCCUGCAACACCAUGCACAAUUACACCACCUUCAGCAACAGCAACCAAGUUUACAACAAAAUAAUAUUUUACUUCAGCACCCACAACUAGCGCCACAAAUACAACAGGACAACCUCGCACAUCUAGGUAUGCAAUUGUCUCAACGAGAGUAGCACCACGACAGAGUCAUACAUUUGUACCACUAGAAUGUCACUCGGACGACCAAAAUGGCAGCUAUGCGGUAGUUUCCUAACUCUAGAUAAAUAGUAACACCGAUUUUUCCACUGGACAAAAGCAAAUAAGUACCAUCAUUCGAAUAAAACCAACAGUUUAGUAUAUUGUA